AUGAUACAGGAAUGGUAUGCCAGACCCGUCCUCCGUGUGCAUAGUGGACUGAUAUCAUCACUCCGUCUCCCGCUGCCCCGUGGAGCCUCUUCCCCCACCCGGGUCACUGGAACUCCCGAUCUCGAGGCGGUGCAUUCGGGGAGAUCCAUAUCAACCGCCAUCUUAUUUGAUGAUCCCAUCCACACCCGCCGGCUCCCUCUCGAGUUAAUUGCUGGAUUUACCAUAAAGAGAGAAAGAUCUGCCCGUGUUUUGGACUCCUGGCCCAAAUACGGUGCCGCAAAGAGCUGCCCUCAAAUAGAGUUUGCCUCUCCAAUCUGCCUAAACUGGACUUGUGAAUUCCGAAAAGCUGGCUGUGCUGCGGAAAACACUUUUGCAGAUGUCACUGCAACCCCGACGUCAUUCUUCGGGUUGUUCUCAGUACUUCAUCCGUGCUUCUCGUACGAGAGGCCUACGAAGGACCAAAGAUGAAGUAGUG